AUGCUGAUCAUAUCCGCUUGCUCCUUCUCCGCACCAUUAGGAAUUCUUAUUUUGCCAUGCUUUAGUAAGAUGCUCUACGAGAGAAUAAUGAUCUUUCUCAUCGCUCUGGGCAUCGGAGCCCUCAGCGGUUCUUCGAUGUUCAUCAUGCUUCCACAGGCCUUUCACCUUACCCAACUCAGCGACUUCAAUUACCACUCGAAGUCAGCGAUCGUCGUUGGUGCACUCUAUGUUUUCUUCUCGGUUGACAGGAUAUUACAGUAUGGACUAGAGCUCCGGAGGAGAAGGCAGGCAAGGCGGAAAGUUCACACAUCAACGAUCGUUUCUAUCAUGAGCAACACAAACUCACCAUGUCUAACAUCUCGAAACACAACUGCGACGACGAUAUCUCCCAAUGGGUCGGUCCCGAGUACACUGACGGCGGAUAAUAGAGGAACAAAGGAGGCCAGAAGACAUGCUGAUGUGGAGGAGAAGGAGAAAGCGGAACUA